CCUCGAUUUGUCUCAUUCCCAAAUAGACUAAUUCUUGUUGUAUUAUUUAACACAUGAUAUAAUGUAACAACACACCGCCCCAUGAUGCUUAUGAUUCCUAUCUUAGGCCUCAUUCUCAUCAAAUGAAAUUAUCAAGAAAUAAAACACACAUUUUUUGAUCUAGCUGCUCUCCCCCUUUUUUUCGCUUUGGUAAAGAGAUAAUAGCUAAUUAAAUCAUGACGAUCGAUGGAUCGGAGACUGGCCCGCCUCCCGACCACGUCGUAGGAUGGAUCGAGGAUUCGAUCUCGUACUUUCCGACGAUCUUCGACGAUCCCUACGAGGGCGGAGACUUCAGCGGCGACUCAUGGUGGGAUCAAAGCCAGAGUCUUGAACAGCUGAUCAAUAGCAGCUUCAACACUCCGGUGGCUGCGGCCGCGGCCAGUACGGCCCCGACUCCAGCUGACUCGGUAGUUUCGGACCGAUCGAUGUCCAUGGAUUUGAGCAAGAAGAGGAAGUUGACGCCCGACGGCUCGAGCCCAAAGACGGCCCGGAAGAGCGCGAGCCGUCGAGGGCACGAGGCCGGCGCGGAGGUGGCGGCUGGGCCGAGAAAACCGGCUGUGAACAAGAGAGGAGGCAAGUUGGGAGGGAACGGCGGCGGCAGCAACGGCAACAACAAGGAAGGGAGGUGGGCAGAGCAGCUGCUCAACCCGUGCGCCGCUGCCAUCACCGGCCGGAAUCCGUCCCGCGUGCAGCACUUCUUAUACGUGCUGCAUGACCUCGCCUCCCUCAACGGCGACGCCAACCACCGGCUGGCGCACCACGGCCUUCAGGCGAUCACGCACCACCUCGCCGGCGGUGCCAGCGCCGGCAGCUUCUCGUCGUCGUCCGGAAACACUUUCGCAUCUAGCAAUCCCAUAUUCUUUAGAAACUCCCUGAUCAAAUUCAACGACAUCAACCCAUGGUUUCGAAUCCCAAACAAUGUUGCAAACACCUCAAUACUUCAAAUUCUUGGCGAGCAGCAUCAACCAACCAAUCUCCACAUUCUUGACAUUGGAGUCUCACAUGGCCUCCAAUGGCCUACUCUCCUUGAAGAACUGACUCGUCGCGCAGGUGGGCCACCCCCGUUAGUCCGCCUCACGGUGGUCCCUCCGCCCCCAACCGACGACGAGUCAAGAAACGCCACCCCCUUCGCUCAUGCCCCUCACAACUACGAUUUCGCCUCCAAACUCCUCGCCUUCGCCAAGGACAUGAAUGUGAACCUGCAGAUCAGCAAAAUGGACAGUUUCCAUCUCCAAAAUCUCAACUCACAAGCCAUCAACUCCACCAGAGACGAAACACUAAUCGUCUGCGCACAGUUCCGGCUGCACAACCUCAGCCAUAGCGCCCCUGACGACAGAACAGAGUUUCUGAGAGUGCUAAGAAGCCUGCAGCCAAAGGGAGUAAUAUUGAGUGAAAACAACACAGACUGCAGCUGCAAUACCUGUGGAGAUUUCACAACAGCCUUCUCAAGGAGGGUGGAUUAUCUGUGGAGGUUCUUGGACUCGACCAGCGUGGCGUACAAAGGCCGCGAGAGCGACGAGAGGCGCAUGAUCGAAGCAGAAGCAGCCAAGGUGCUGGUGAAUAUGGGGGAGAUGAAUGAGAGGAAAGAGAAAUGGUGUGAGAGAAUGAAAAAUGCAGGUUUUAAAGGAGAGGUGUUGGGAGAGGAGACCGUUGAUGGAGCCAGAGCCCUGCUGAGGAAGUACGACAGCAACUGGGAGAUUCGGGCCGAUGAGAAAGACGGCUGCGUCGGGCUGUGGUGGAAGGGGCAGCCGGUGUCGUUCUGCUCACUGUGGAAGAUGGAUGUGAGAGUGAAGGAGUGUUUGACAUAGUUGUGAAGAAAUGGUUUUUGCCCUCUGUUUGUUUGAAUGAAUUUUAAUCUCCUUUUGUAGUCC